CCUAUGGGUGGGUUGGAUCCUACUCUAUCAAUGACUUCAUGAGAGCGAGCACAACUGAACCGUAUGCCACAAUGUGGAAAUACACUGAGGAACAGAACAGGACCAAUCUCGUCAGCGGAAACAAAAAAGGUCUGACCAAAGCGGUCCAGGACGACAAGUAUGCCUUUAUCACCUCCACCUCGGUCCAACAUGGCCACUACGAGCAACUCUGCAACCUUCAGAUGGUCGGACAGAAGUUCUUCACCUACGGCUUUGGCAUCCUUUUUCCCAAAGGAUCCGUUUACAAAGACGAGAUCAGUUGGGAGAUUUUAUUCCUCCGACAGGAAGGAUACCUGGAAAUGCUGGAGAAACAGUGGCUGAUGGGAUCUCACAAUGACGAGGAUAUCUGUUCGGACACACGGAAGACGGUGGAAGACAUGGGUGUACUUGGAGCCGAGAGUUUCGUUGGGUUGUUCCUGUUCCUGGCUGGAGGGAUUGCAGUAGGGAUGGUCGUCCAGCUGGUGGAAGUCUCGUGGUAUCACGCGAGAGGAAACAAGAGGAAGCACGACGUGGUACGUUCUGUCAGCAUGAGGGUGCACCUGACUGAAAUCUUGCUCUCUGGGAAUGAAACAACAUGGCUAUAGAUGUGUUUGUGGACAGUGUUUGUAGUUUGCUGGCAUGUCAGCACAGUGUGUGUCGUUCUAUAA